GAUGCGACGCGCAUGGCAUGUUGUUUGGGCACACGAGUAACAUGACCCUUGAAACAUUUUGCAAUGUACUCUUCUUCCCUCUGCGAUGUUUAUUCGUGGAUGCAUGCUGGAAUGGGAAAGACAGCAAAGAUGGAUGCAAGCAACGGAAACAGACUCGACAGUCGAUGUCGCAUCGCGUGGAAAACCUCAGCUGGUACCCGAAAAUCUUUUCCUCAUACUGGAAUCAGAGGUAUAUGUUGUUUAGUGGUAUCGUCGUUGGUUUUCAAAUAUACAAGAGAUAGAGAGAUGGCGCGGGCGCCAUCACCACAACAUGCACGUGUUCAUCAGAUCAUCGUAGUCUUGAAGGUUGCAUCCACACCAUGGUUCAGGACGAUAGUUUUCGAACAUCACGUGAACGGGGGGCGUACAUACAUGCAAGGAUACAAACAUGCACCAUGCAGGGCUGUAACCUCAGUCACCAAAGGUGUCAUCCAGUUGUCAGACAUACGCUUGGAUUGAAACAUCACAGGUUCGUCGUCGAAUCCAGCCAUCGUCCGCUUCC